AUGGCUGAGGUCGCAGGCCUCGUUCUUGGCGCCAUUCCCAUUGCCAUCUGGGCAUUGGAGAAGUAUGCUGAACCCUUCGAGACUCACCAAAACUACUACGUCGCUAUUCAGACUCUUCGCGCCGACUUAACCAUGCAAAAGAGUCAACUGGAGAUAACUCUUCGAAACAUUGGACUGGAAAAUCCUUCCAUGGAUGAGCUCCAGGAAUGUCUCUGUGCCAAGUUUCCCAGCAUUCACCAGGACCUAGUCAUCAUCAUCAAGGCAAUGGACGAGAGGGCAUCGAAGUUACUAGGAGAUCUAGACAUCGAUAUCAAUGGGAAGCCUCGCUGGACAGAUGAUUCUCCAGAUAGGGCUUUAUGGGAGUGGCGUCGAGUAAAGCGCUCCUUCGCCUCAAAGAAGAACCGAUCCCUCAUCGAUGACCUGAGGAAGUGGAACCAAGACCUAAGGAACUGCCUUGAACGGACCGAGGUAUCUGCCGAAGAUGAUACUCGUCAAGUCCAAACUCUCAUCAGGGGAUUCAACCCGAAGCAUUGCGACUCGAUCCGAUCAUGUCUGAGAUCUUUUCACCGAGCACUGAAGUCUGCUUUGCAGUGCAACUGCCCAUCAUCUCACCAAGCGACCAUAGACCUAGACUGGAAUCUAGGGCCUCUACGCUCCCAAUCGGCUUUUUCAGCAGGAUUGUCAUAUGAGACGGAUCCAGAAUCGGAACACUCAUGGCGGAAAUUCCACGUCACGCCCAAGGGAAGCGGUCUGGUAGAUACGAAAACAACCACUACUAAUCCUACUAGGGUCAAGGCCAAGUCUGCCCCAUCCAGUCUUCGUGACAUGAUCUAUCGACGGCCGCAUCGCACUCACUCGACAACUCCUCAACCUGUCCAGGUCACGGCCCCGUCCACGGCCCCGCCACCCGCAAAGACUAUUGCAAACCUGUGUGACAAAGUCCGAGUACAAUGCGCUCCAUGGUCCAUUACUGGGUGUCUCCAAGACCCAGAGGCCGACAAGGACCGACAGAUUUCGCACUUUUCCUUGAACCAACACUCGGAAGAGCUCUCUCUUCUUACCAGGACAAUCUCGUUGAGACACCUGCUCCUAAACCAGAAUAGACGACAGGCCCAUGCGAAUCUUGCUCUUUCAGCUAAGCAGCGAUAUGCUAUUGCCACCUCGAUUGCCUGGUCCGUUCUCCAUUUGAGCGACAGCCCGUGGCUGGGAGAAGGAUGGGAUCAGGACGAAAUCAAGUUCUUCGUCAAUGAUAGCAGUGGAGAAAUGCAACUUGUUUCACAGCUCCCAUCCAACUCGUAUGCAUUUCACCAGCCGGCAAUUACGGAUAAGUCACCUUUUUCGACGACGAGAGACUUUAGCCGCCUGAUUCCCAACAAGACCAUCUUCACGCUCGGCGUCAUUCUUAUGGAGCUAUGCCUCAAAACACCCUUUGAAGAGCUUCGGCAUACUUUGCAUGAUGAAUCGUGGGGACAAGCUGUUUCAGCUCCAAUCCUAGAUCAAUAUGAUACCGCCAUCGACAGACUUGACGAUGUCUACCGCGAGGCAGGCGAUUCAUACGGCAAUGCGGUUCAGAGGUGUAUCAAGUCCUCGUUCCAGGGUCCUAAGUCGACAAGACAGUUCAAUGUUGAGCAAUUCCGGAUACAAUUCUACAACACGGUGGUUGCGCCAGUACAAGCAACCUAUAGCAUGAUGCCUUGA